AUGAGUAAAGAGGAGUUGGAGAAAAAACAUAAUAUUGAACUGGUGCUACUGGAAAUCCCUGUGACUUAUGAGAACGUAGAUGAAUUUGUGCCGGCUCUAUGGGAAACCCACACACCUAAGCUCAUGAUCCAUGUAGGUGUAUCUGGUGAAGCUGCCUGCAUGACAUUAGAGACCCAAGCUCAUAGAAAGGGCUAUCAGCGUAUGGAUUAUUUUGACAAGUGUCCAGCUAACCAUGUUUGCACAGCUGAAGGAGCAAUAAGAUUGCAUACUAAGCUUAAUGUAGAGCGUAUUUGCAAAGAAUUCAAUGACGGAAAUCCUCCAGAGAAUACCAGUGCUGUGUCAUCUAAAGAUGCAGGACGUUAUCUCUGUGAGUACAUAUACUACACAUCACUUAGUGUAGACAAUAGUCGGACCCUGUUUGUUCACGUUCCUGAUAUAGCAAAGUAUCCCUCUGAAACCACUGCCAAAGCUUUAGAGAAGAUUUUAGAACUAUGUUUGGAGCAAAUCAUUGAAAUCGACACGUCCAAAGAAGUUACAGAGAAAAACGAGGGA